AUGAGCGUGGCUAACUUUGAACAUAGUAUUUUUGGGUAUAUCGGUGGAGGAUAUUAUAUGCACUCCGAAGGUCCAGCACGUCCAAUUUGUCUUCCCUCUCAGCCAAAUUUCUUAAAAACGUCUGGAGGAAGUGGAGCUUUUGUGUACGGGACAGAAUUUCAAUCAGGUUUCUUUGGGCCUAAAUCUGCAUACCAGGAUGUUCCUUGUGCUGUUUGUGAAGUCCAUGCAGGUUCUAAAACAAUAAUGAUUCCUGGAAGAUAUAAGUGCUAUCCUGGUUGGAAGAGAGAAUAUUAUGGAAACCUAGCUGCCGGUUAUGCAAAAAACAACAACCAUGCGUCGGCAUACAUAUGCAUUGAUCUGAAACCGGAUUACAUUCAUGGUGGCAAUGGUGGGAGUAAAAAAGCUAAUUUUCUCCAUGAAGUUGUUGUGAGGUGUGGUUCUUUACCCUGUCCGCCUUAUCACGAAGGGUAUCCACUUCCUUGCGUUGUAUGUUCCAAAUGA